AGUCAGUGUCACACACAAUAUUCAUGAUCGUGUAGUGACGUUAGGCUCCUCCCUAUCUCUUUGCUGAGUCGCGCUUGUCAUAAGUCUAGGACGGGAUCACAUCACUGUUACUAAGGAGCAGAGGGGGAUCGAGAAACUUCUUACGUUCUAGCAUCUCUUGGUUGUAGAAUCCUUACUUCGUAUUCACCCCUACGGCUUCCACAGCUGUUGAGAUGUCCCAGCCUCUUGCUUGCAGCAGCCGGGUAGGCUCUGGGUCAGUUGCAGGUGGUGUAGCGGCCACAGCUGUAAUAGUUCCAGCAGUUGGUGACUGUUUGCGUGCGCUCCAGUUGUCUUCUAGCCCUAAGAUUUGUGAGUCGGUGGCUGGGGAGCUGCCUCGUUCCGCAGUUGCGGAACCGGCGAUCAAGAUACGGGGAGACUCCAGUACCAUGAAGAGUUUACCGUUCUUUUGCAAGGGCGAGGUGGUCAAGGGCUUCGGUAGGGGUUCCAAAGAUUUAGGCAUCCCCACAGCUAACUUUCCUGAACAUGUCGUGGAUAAUAUUCCCUCUGAUUUAUCCACUGGAAUUUACUAUGGUUGGGGCUGUGUUGGAGAUGGAGAAGUUCACAAAAUGGUUAUGAGUAUAGGCUGGAACCCUUUCUAUGGAAACACUAAAAAAUCUGUGGAAACCCAUAUCAUUCAUCAAUUUAAAGAAGACUUCUAUGGAGAAAUUCUUUCUAUAGUUAUUGUUGGUUACAUUAGACCAGAAAGGAGUUUUGACUCUUUAAAUGCUCUAAUUGCUGAAAUCCAUAAUGAUAUUGAAGUGGCCAAAAAACAACUGGACCUACCAGAGCUGCGAGAGAUACAAGACUGUUACUUCAACACAUCAAACAAAAUAAUGAAUGGACAUUAGUUUAAGCCAUUUAUGAAACUACUUUUUUUUUGUAGAAUAUUCUGCCUUGCAUUACUCUGCUGAUUAGUUGCAGCUAAGGCCAACUUCUCUUGUAUGAAGGUUUUUUUAUUAUUAUUAUUAUUCUGAGCUCCAUAAGAAAUAUGGAGUUGUGUGUAUGUAUAUAUAGAAAAUACUUGGUUUUCACACUAAGGGGCCGAUUUAUCAAGCCCCGUAUGCAGCUGUUUCCGCAUGAGCCUUUAGGCUCUUGCCAGAAACAGGAGUUAAGAAGCAGCGGACUUAAGACUGCUGCUCCUUAACUUGUCAACCGCCUCUGAGGCAGCGGACAGCAAUCCGCCCGAUCGGGUUGACACACCCUGCUAGGACAGCAUUGCACAAGCAUUUCACUAGAUAAAUGCCGACAGUGCCCGCACUAUGGUAAAUUGGCCCCCAAGCCUACAUGUUGUGCUCUUUUUACUUUUUUUUUUUUUAUUAUUAUAUAGGAUAUUCUACAAUUAUUGGUAACCCUAAGAUAUACUUAA